AUGGAUACAAAUCCUCCCAAGUCCAAAUCAUCUUUACGAAGAGGUAACUUUCUGAGAAAAUAUGUUCCUCCACACAAGGCCAAAUCACGUAAUCCAAGCAAGGAAGUUCAAGGGACAACAACAUUUGAUUCAAGUGUCAAUUUAGAUGCCGAGGAAAGGGAAAAGGCUAGAAAAAGACUUGCGAGGUUUUCUAAACCAAAGACACCACCAAAACCAGAGUAUGGGCUUUUAAGUAGAGGAGAUGACACAAGACUUCGGGAUAAUGAGCAUGACCGACUAGAGUUUUACUCACGAAUAUUAUAUCGAUUCAUCCAUUUUUGUUCAAACAAUACCCCGGGAAGUUUGCAAGACAGUUUAACAAGACUUCUAAGUGAAGAUGAAUUUAAAACGGCUGAUUCACUGGAGAUGUUGGAUGAGAACAACAAUGAAGAAGUUACUAUGGAUUCAAUUCUCAUGUCACUCCGAAAACUUCGCGAAGCACUAUUAAGAAACGCACCCAGCCCAUUUCACAAGAAAGUUUUCAUGUUUUCGGUGAGGAUUUCUACACUGUUUGGUCAUUAUCAAACUUAUGUGCCUAGUAUAAACUAUUUGAUUCGACAUAAGGAUGCCCUUGGGCUCUCUGAACAAGAGUUUGAGGAAGUAGUAACCAUACUAAUUCUACAUCUUGUUCAUGUCAAUGAGGAUGUGUCGCAUGCUAUAAAUUUAUAUUUCAAGUAUAUUCCUCAGAGAUGGGAAAUAUUAAAAAUAAUCCAAAGUUGGAUUCACAAGAAUUACUGUCAAUGGAUUAAGAUUUACAAUGAAGAACGUAAUGAUUCGGUGUUAUCAAUGAUGAGGCUUGGAUAUGAUAAAAUGGUUUUGAAUCUAAUUUCAGGAGUCAAUUGUUUAUAUUACACACUUCCAAAAGCAGACUUGGAGGAGAGUUUCUUGCCGCAUGAACUUAAGUUUGAAGAUCUCUCAACCAAGUACGAUGUAGGCUGGAGGCUUGAUGAUGAUGGUCAAACUGUGAUAAUCAGAGAAAGAAGAAAACGAACUACUGUGUAG